AUGGCAAACAAUAAUGGCAUUGUUACUAAGACCCAAGUCAGAGGCUGCCCACAAGGGUCCUGUGCAGGGCCCUUGCUCUGGAACCUGACAUUUAACAAAAUCCUCGAAGCGACGUGGCCUGAUCACACAACUAUCAUUGCAUAUGCUGAUGACGCGGCUCUCCUUGUUAAAGGUCGCACACGAGACGAAAUUGAAGCCAAUGGCAGCGAAGCGUGCGCCAAGUUCGCAAGCCUAUGCGAAGACCUUAAGCUGAGGAUUUCUAUCACCAAGUCUUCUGCACUCCUCAUCCCAAGACCGGGCACGAGGCCUGUACGUCGUCCCUGUAUCCGAUUACUUGGCCGCAACAUUAAAUUCAUGGAUACACAGAAGUAUCUAGGAGUGGUCUGGGACUCUGGCUUAACAUGGGUGCCACAUUUGCAGCAACAGAGAGCAAAAACCUCCGCUAUAGCCAGAAUGACACGGAAAUUUCAAGGAAGGAAUUGGGGACUAAAUCCCCACAUUCAAAAAGUGCUUUAUAGCACGGUGGUGGAAAAGAUUGCGCUGUACGCAGCUGCAAUCUGGGCUCAACCGAUGACAACGAGGAAAAUCAAGCAGUUAACAUCACUCCAACGCCCUUUUGUCAUAAGCAUCUGCAGGGCAUACUGCACAACAGCCACGAGCUCCGCCCUUACUCUAGCAGGUAUAGUCCCUCUACACAUCCAGGCCGAGCUAGAGGCGACAUAUACGAGAGUCCUUCACUUGAGGAAAGACGCCUCCUUCGCAGGUACUCUCUACAGUCCAGCACUUUAUGAGCACCCCAAGACACCGCUGCACACACAUCCAGCGCAUAAAGGACUAGGGGUCCACACCCACAUCAUGCAACAGCCCAACAAGGAAAUACAGCACAUCAGCAACCAUACACUUUACACUGAUGGUUCUAAACAUGCUGAAGGCGUUGGCAGUGCUUUCCUGCACUGUUGGCAAAGCCAAGAAUUACAUCAUUGGAAAGGCCACCUAGGUGACAGCAAUAGCGUCUUUCAGGCAGAAGUGAUAGCAAUUACAGCUGCUGUUGAAUAUCUAAUAAGCCGAAAAAUCUCAAAAGCUUAUCUCUAUACGGAUAGUAUGUCUGCCUUGCUGGCCCUAAGCAAACACAACCAUGUUUCCCCGUUGAUCAUCCGCCUUCAAAAACUCUUAAAAGAUAACCCACAGGUACACGUGGACAUGACAUGGGUGAAAGCUCACGAAGGCAAUGCAGGUAAUGAGGCAGCGGACGUGCUCGCCAAAGAGGCAGCCUCAAACAUCAACGCACGUCCCAUCGCUGUUCCGGCGCCACCUUCCCAUCUUAAAAGACUGCUGAAAGGCGCAGCAGUCCAGUGGUGGCAAAGAGUAUGGGAACAUGGAAACACAGGAAGAAGAGUGUAUGGUUGGCUUUCUACCGAUGGUGACAACGGAGAGACUCAUAGCAAACGCUCCACUUACUAA